AUGCCAUCUGACCUGAGGCAGGCAGCCCAGAAAGACGAAACUGCAGAGACCAUAGUGAGCCCCAGACCCUGCAGUCACAAGCAGUGUGCACAUCCAUCAGCCUGUCCAGAUGGUGAGACCUUGGCAGAAGUGGAUGAGGAUAAAAAACAGGCAGAUAAUUGGGCAGAUAUCGAAGGAGCUCAGCGCUGUACACGACCCAAGACCUGUCCAGAUGGCGAGGCCUUGGUCGAUGAGAUGGGUAAACAUCAUCAAAUGCUCGGAGCACAAACGGUCAGAGGACCAGGGAACACCGACGAAGCAGCUUUCAAAACCAAUAACGAGUCCAUCAUGGGAUCUGUCAGUCCACAGGAAGUAGGACAAACAAACCUGGGCAAAGUUCCUGGCCUCAGUAAAGUUGUCAGAUUUCAGCUGCCUCCAGAGACAAUUCGAGCGUCUGAUGUUGAUGAUUUACAGGCCCCAUUUUUUGAAAUCGAUGGCCUUGGAGAAUGCUGUGUCAGUGCUUUCACGAACACUUAUCACUCUGAGAAUUGGAUUGGCAUCACAGAUGACUGGCUGCUUCAGAAACAAAUCCUGAAAGAAGGGCAGGGACAAGCUACCAGACCUGAUGUAGGUCAAGAGGUCACAUUAAAGUUGCUUGGAGUCCUGGAAGAUGGGACCAUAAUAGACAGGGACCCAAAGCUUACCUUUAUCAUUGGUGAUGGUGAUGUCAUACAGGCACUUGAAUUCUGUGCAUUUUCAAUGCAAUUGGACGAAGUUGCUCUUGUAAUCUCUGACGGACAAUAUGCCUACGGUCACACUGGGAGAGAGCCUGAUGUCCCUGCAGACGCAACAGUAAUAUACGAGGUCCAGCUUCUCAAUGUCAGAACUGCUCCUGACCUGAAAACGCUCUCGGUUUCGGACUGCAUUCGGAUCUGUAAGCAGAAACGGGAGCGUGGAAACUACCACUUCCAGAGGGAAGACUACCACAGUGCUGUGAAAUCAUACAACUUGGCUCUGGAUGUCCUGCAUAUUUCCUCAGAAUCUAAUCCCAGCGCUCAGGAAGCAGAAGAAUUGCAGGAAGACGGGCUGAAGUGUCUGAACAACUUGGCAGCUGCCCAGCUGAAGUUGGAGCUCCAAGAUGAGGUGAUUGCCUCCAGUAACGCUGUGCUGCAGCUGGACCCCAAUAAUGUGAAAGCUUUGUUCAGGAAAGGAAAAUUGUUAUCUGAACGGGGUGACUAUGAGGAAGCUAUGGAGACGCUCAAGAGAGCAUUGAAACUUGAACCAAGUACAAAGGCCAUUCAUGCAGAACUCUCCAAACUAGUACAGAAAAGGAUUGGUCGGGGAGGAACCUUGAAGCUAAAAAACAGCUUGUGUCAGAAACCUGGGGAGAAACGAGCAACAUUUCAUUCAGAGUCUCAGAAGUCAGGCCUGGCUAUCCCUUGGAAGUGGCUGUUCGGAGCUGCGAUGGUGAUCAUUGGAAGCAUGGUGACCUCUGUUGUCUUGGCAGCACGAGGCUAA